CUAAGAAGUGCCUGCAAGCUGGCAAUUCAUUAUUUUAAUAAGACUGAACAUGGAUUAGGCAAGGAGAGAGUUGACUAAGACCUUAUGUUUUAUAUAUUCUCAUGGAGCAAUAAACGCAAUAUCUUCUCAAACACAUCUACUUUUAUUCUUUGAAACUUUUACUCUUGUUUCCUAUUUUUGAUCAAUCAUCAAAAAGAUGCCGAUUCUAAAAGGGUUCGAACACCUUAGAAUGAAACUAGAUGCUAUAAAAAAAGCAACUAACGAAUUUGCAAUAGAUAAUCAUAUCGGCGGAGGAGGAUUUGGACCGGUGUUCAAGGGAGAACUCAUUUCCGACGAGAAGACGACAAAGACAGUGGCUGUAAAAUGUUUAAACCGCAAGUUUGGCCAAGGAGAUCCUGAGUUUUUGAAGGAGAUCAUUAUGCUUUCAGCUUAUAAGCAUGAAAAUAUUAUCUCCCUCUUAGGCUAUUGUGAAGAGAAAGAUGAGAAGAUCCUAGUCUACGAAUAUGCAUCUAAGAAAAGUCUCGACAAACAUCUUACCAGCCACGAGUUAACGUGGGUCAAACGCCUUAAAAUAUGCAUCGGAGCAGCUCGUGGAGUGGCAUAUAUUCAUAAUCCUGCUGGAGGUCAUCAAAGACUACUGCAUCGCGAUAUCAAGAGUUCCAACAUUUUAAUAGAUGAAAAUUGGAACGCCAAGAUCGCAGAUUUUGGUUUAGCCAAAAUCGCUCCAGCCAACCAGCAAAACUCUUUUAUUAUCACCAAUAAUAAUAAUGUUGUAGGUACGGUAGGGUAUACUGAUCCUCAAUACAUGGAGAGGGGAAUACUAACAAAGGAAUCCGAUAUUUACUCGUUUGGUGUUGUUUUGUUUGAGGUUUUGUGCGGGAGGGUAUGUAUUAUUAACAUUAAUGAUACAUCUACUCCAUUUUUGACUCAUAUAGUAAGAUACCAUCAUAGACGAAAGAAGCUAAAGGAACUUGUUUGUCGUAACAUAAAGGAUGAAAUACAUCCCAGUUCUUACAAGAUCUUUUCAGAAAUUGCCUAUCAAUGUUUGCACGGAGAGUACGAUUUACGUCCAUCUAUAGAGCAGAUCGUGAGAGAACUUGAAACAAGCCUUGAAUAUCAAUCAGUCGCAGACACAAAUUCGUCCUUAGUGAAAGAGUUUGGACACCUCAGAAUUGGACUUGAUAUCAUAAAGCAUGCCACAAACAACUUUGGUGAUGACCACUUUAUAGCGGAAGGUGGAUCUGCAGGGAAUUUAUACAGAGGAGAAUUCAAACACUCUAAGGGACAAGUCAUGUGUGCUGUAAAGCGCUUGGAUUGUACCAUAGCCGAUACAGAUCUUUUGUUUUGGAGAGAGAUCAUGUUGCUGACAAGUUAUAAACAUCAAAAUAUUGUCUCUCUUAGAGGAUUUUGUGACGAGAGUAAGGAAAAGAUCAUUGUGUACGACUAUGCAAUUCAUCAGCGCCUUGAUGUUCUUCUACUUGAUCCCAAAUUCACUUGGAUUCAACGUCUCAAGGCAUGUCUUGGGGCUGCAUGUGGCUUGGAGUACCUUCAUGAUCAUAAGGGUACACAUCAUGGUCAUAUUAGAAGUGCUAACAUCUUGUUGGACAGAAAUUGGAAUGCAUAUAUUACAGAUAUUGGCCUAUCCAGAUACGGGAAAGACAACGAAGAUCACAGGAUCCUUUUCUUCGAUGAGGAAGUCCCUCUUGGCUAUUUUGAUCCAAUAUAUAAAGAUACUGUGUUAUUGACAAAGGAAUCUGAUGUCUACUCGUUGGGUGUGGUGCUAUUCGAAGCUUUGUGCUCAAGGCCUUGUAUUGAUAAUAGUUAUGAGGAUGCGCGUCGAUCCCUACCAAUAUUAAUUAAGAAGAACUAUCUAGAGCAGAAACUAGAUAGUGUUGUGGAUGAUAAUCUAAGGCAACAGAUUGGUCAAAGUUGUUUUGAUACAUUCGUAGGACUUGCAUACCAAUGUUUGGAAAGUAAUAAGUCACGACGCCCCACAACUAAUUUGGUCGUGAGCACGCUUAAAACUGCACUUGAAUAUCAAGAGGUCUUUGAAGCAAAAGCAAAUCGCCUAUUGGAUUUUGAAGAAAUCUGUCCUCCCGGGGGAAGCGAUUUGGUAAUUUUGUACACAACAAGCGUCAAAGGCAUCAGAAAGACGUCAAAAGAUUGCUCCAGGGUUCACUCUCUACUCAAGAGUUUAAAGGUUUUAUACCAAGAAAGGGAUGUAGCGAUGUACUCGGAUUUCAGAGACGAAUUGCAGAAAUUAGGAAAAUUAACGGCACUACCUCGGCUGUUUAUAAAGGGUAGGUACAUUGGCGGAGCAGAUGAUAUUUUUCUGUUGCACGAGCAAGGAAAAUUCCAGCCACUCGUUCGUGAUAUACUAAACAUAUCGGAAGGGCCAUGCAAAAGGUGUUCUGGAGCUCGGUCUGUGGUGUGCCGUAAGUGUAAUGGUAGCAAUAUUCUGAAAUCUGUUGAAGGGGGCAGAACGAGGUGUACGGAAUGUAACAAGAAUGGUUUGAUCAAAUGCCCCAUUUGCUUCUGAAAAUAUUUAUUUUUAAUUUGGUCCGUGCCAUGUGUAUUGUUGCCACUUGUCACUAUCAUGUGAUGAUAAAUCUGGUUUGAGUAUUUAUGUAUGUAUAUGUUAUUAUCCCAUAUUAUUGAUGGAUUACGGUCUCAUCUUCCUCUAUGCAUUGAAGUAAAAUCUCUCUUAAGGUCGUGCCUUGUACAACAUACCGCGGUAUAGUACGGUAUGCGGUAAACACCGCACUGACCCCCCAAAUUAAAAGUGUGGUGUGAAUAUUGUGUGGUACAACUUUACCG